AUGGCUCGUCAAUUUUUCGUCGGUGGUAACUUCAAGAUGAACGGUACCAAGGAGUCGAUCACUAAGAUCAUUGACAACUUGAACAAGGCUGACUUGCCAAAGGAUGUUCAAGUCGUUAUUGCUCCUCCAGCUCCAUACCUCUCUUUAGCUGUUGCUGAGAACAAGCAAUCCACUGUUGCUGUUGCUGCUCAAAACGUUUUCAACAAGGCCUCUGGUGCUUACACUGGUGAAAUCUCGCCAGAACAAUUGAAGGACUUGGGUGCCACCUGGACUUUGACUGGUCACUCUGAGAGAAGAACCAUCAUCAAGGAAUCCGAUGAAUUCAUUGCCGAAAAAACCAAGUUUGCUUUGGACUCUGGUGUCAGCGUGAUUUUGUGUAUUGGUGAGACCUUGGAAGAAAGAAAGGCCGGCAUCACCAUUGAUGUUUGCGCUAGACAAUUGGACGCCGUUUCCAAGAUUGUUUCCGACUGGACUAACAUUGUUGUUGCCUACGAACCAGUCUGGGCUAUUGGUACUGGUUUGGCCGCUACCCCACAAGAUGCUCAAGACACCCACAAGGAAAUUAGAGCUCACUUGGCCAAGACCAUUGGUGCUGAGCAGGCUGAAAAGGUCAGAAUUUUGUACGGUGGUUCUGUCAACGGCAAGAACGCUCCAGAGUUCAAGGACAAGGUUGAUGUUGACGGUUUCUUGGUUGGUGGUGCUUCGUUGAAGCCAGAGUUCGUGGACAUCAUCAAGUCCAGAUUGUAA